CGGCAAUUGUUCAGGAACGGAAUCCGCGGAUAUGGGUCUUAUGGAUUGGAUUGUGGUGAUAUGUCUUUGGGGCUCCUUAACGUCCUCGAUAUUGGCAUUCAAGAACUGUGGGACGGACAAGCAAUGUGUGCCCUACGAACAGUGCAACGAGGGCCUAACCGUUGAGGGAAAAUUCUAUCCGGAUCGUAGUAGGACUACUUUGGACGAGAACUGUCACUAUAUGGAAAAGUGCUGCAAUAUUCAAGAUACACUCUCGUCACCAGAACUCCCUGCGGAGGCACCCAACUGGCCAUGUGGGGGUCGCCAUGAUCUCUGGUACUAUCUACGCCCGCUGGGCUACAAGCAGCAGGAGGCCAAGUUCGGCGAGUUUCCCUGGCUGGUGGCGGUCUACGGGGCGGAUGAUUAUCUUUGCAGUGGAGCUCUCAUCACUCCGUUGGCGGUGAUCACCACGGCUCAGUGCAUCCAGAGUGUGGAAGCCGAGAAGCUUCGUCUGGUGGCUGGAGAAUGGGAUGCGGCCGUGGAGCUGGAACCUCUGGCGCACCAGAAGAGAUCGGUGGCUGAGUCCUUGGUGCAUCCCAACUACACCCAAAUGCCAAUGGCCAACAACGUGGCUGUUCUCCUGGUGGACAAGGAGAAGCCCUUUCUGCUGGCUCCCAAUGUUCAGCCCAUCUGCCUGCCGCCCCCGCGAAUGGCGUACAACUACAGUCAGUGCUAUAUUUCCGGCUGGCAGAAAGGGGACUUUGGGGGAUCAGCGAUCCUGCCCAAGCGAUGGACCCUCUAUGUCCUGCCAAAGGAUCAGUGCAGGACCAAGCUGCGAUUGUUGGGACGACGCCACGCCCUCAAUGAUAGCCUCUUGUGCGCCGGCGGCGAUAAGGGAGACUUCAUCUGCGGCGAUGUGGACAUGACCGGAGUGCCUUUGAUGUGCCCUCUGUCCGGCCACGACGACCGAUUCCUUCUGGCCGGCCUCUUAACCAGACCAGCUCGCUGCGAAGGCCCACAGUUUCUGGGAAUUUACACGAACGUCAAGCUGUACCGCCAGUGGAUCGAUCUCAAGCUGAGGGAACGCGAUCUCGACAUACGGCAGUAUAUGGUGUAAAAUGAUCCCUAAGACCCGAUAAAUAAACAAUAAUAUAACAGAAAACUUUUCUGGGUUUUCUUUAUCAUUAUAAUUUAUAAAUUGAUUUUACAAUCGUUUUUAAUUUUGUUAUAGUAAAUUAGGAACUUAUCUUUUGAUUUCCGCACUUGGCUUAUUCACUUUAAUUAUAGAAAAUAAAUUUUGACGGGCUUAGAUUAAUUUACAAAAAUAUAUUUUUCAGUGUAAUCCUUCUAAUGUUUAUUUACUUAAUUUUUUCCUCUUCACAAUAAAACCUAUUCAUUGCUGGGAAAA